UUGACUUGCCUGUCGCAGCAAAAACUCAUCUCUUAUUUCAAAUCAUAAAAUGGAAAUUUUUAUAAUUGGAAGUUUUUCUGAAAUCCACUAAUGAGAAUAUUUACCACUUCGAAAAGGCCUGUAAUUACUUAGCAGCCUUAGCAAUGGCCACCUGCAGGCAAACUCCCCAAGAAUUUAUUAAAAAUGCGUUUACACCCCAAAUUGCUGUGAUUUGCUCUUCAAAAGCAGAACAAUGUUGCGAAAAGAAUAAUUUAACUUUUGUAGAAUUACUACAGCCUUUCUGUAGGUUGAAUAGCGAAAUACAUUACAAGGAUCAUAAUGGGGUAAUAACAACGCUGAAGAAUUUCAAACUAUCUAUUCUUGAUGUUAAUCAUAGGCCUCCACAAACAAUGCUUGCCAAAAAACACCUCAGCUUAUCAGUUAGUGAAGCUCCUCAACCAAAAACUGAAAUACUGCCAAUUGGAAAUUAUAAUCUUGAAAUACCUACAUCUACACCUUGGUUUGAGGAGUGGAGAGAAACAUUUUUACAAGUGCAAUAUCCUUCAGAUCAUGAAUAUACAAAGCACUUUCUAGCUUGUAUUCUAGUUGUAUCUUCGACUGAUACAAAUCCGGCAGAAAGUAUGAUUCAAUUAGCUCAGAAUUUGAAUCAGAUGUACAGUAGUACGCCAGGGAAAUUACCAAAGUGGUUCAGCUCUAAUAUUUUAAAAUACUACAUUAUUAUUCAUGAUGUAAUUGAUGGAAAUAUAAAUGUUGCAACUACAGCCUAUGAAAGUAUAAAAUCUGCCUAUGGCUCAACUAACACUUGUUUAUUAAGGAUGAAUUCAAGGCCUCCUGGCAAUAAUGGAGUAACAGAACAUGUUGCUGAUCCCUGGAGUCAAUUCAUAAGUAAUAAUAUCAAAUCUUCUAUGGAAACUUCGAGUACAGCAGAAAAUGUAUACGAGUUAGCUGAAGAAGCCAAUGAGGUCAAAUCUGUAGUUACACAAACACUAAAUUAUCAUCCUCUUAGUCCUGAACAUGAAGAUUUAAAUUUGAAUUAUAAAUUGAAUGCAAAGGAUGAAAUUUUCAAUAAACAGAAUGGUUCAAAAGUGCAUGGCCUUUGUCUAGGAGCUGAAGAUUUGGAAAAUAUAAAAACUCUAAUAGUAGACUUCACGAAAAAUUGCUUGAUGCCUUAUGUUGAAAGACAAAUCCAAAUGUUGAGUGAAAAUGUUUCAAAUAAGAAAGGAGUUAGUAGAUCGUUUCUCAGUGCUACGAAAAGGUGGUUCAAUCCAAAUAAACCAGGUUCCAGUUCUGCUUCAAAUAACUUAAUGUAUGCUUCUGAUUCACCAGAACUCCAUGUUCGGAAGCUGGGUGAUUUGUAUUUCAUGUUUGGCAGUUACAGUGCUGCAUUUCAAGCUUAUCAUCUAGCUAAAAGAGAUUUCAAUGCCGAUCAAGCUUGGUUGUAUUAUGCUGGUGCCUUGGAAAUGGCUGCACUCUCAGCUUUCAUGGCCAAUGAAUCUAAUAGAAAGACUCAUGAUUAUCUUGAGGAGAGUAUUACGACUUAUUUGAACACAUGCAAAUUGCCCCAAUUUGCUACAAGAGCCACCCUGCUAGGCUCAGAAUGUUUGAAGAACAAACUACUCUACGGAGAAGCAGCUUUACAAUUGAUAAGAAUGACUAGUGAAGAAUCACAUCUGAGAUCGGCUCUAUUAUUGGAGCAAGCAUCCUAUUGUUUUCUAAAAUCAAAAAUGGUUCGAAAAUAUGCCUUCCACAUGGUUUUGGCUGGUCAUCGAUAUUCUAAGGCUGCUCAAAAAAAGCACUCACUACGAAGUUAUAAACAGGCCUAUCAGGUAUUCAAAGAUAAUGGAUGGAACUUGGCUUGUGAUCAUAUACUUCAUACGAUUGGGAGGCAAGCGAAUAACUUGAACUUUUACGAGGAAGCUGUAGAUUCUUUCUCGAAGUUAUUACUGGGGGAAAGUAAACAAACUGCGCAACAACAAAUCACUUUCCUCAAGGAAUACUUAACAAUUUUAGAUAAUAAGAUGAAACAUUUUUCCGACGGCAGCCUUCCUCUGUUACCCUUACCAAAUUUCGAUAUUACUUCAUCGUUGAAAAUUCUCCUUCAACCCCUAUCUCCGUUGAAGACGCCAGGGAGGAUUCCAGCGAUGGGUUUGAGCUUCGAAGAUGUGAUAGUUCAGGGAAUGGAACAAAAAUGGAUCAAACUAGAAGAGAUGCUCGUUCAAGAAGCACAAGGGUCCCUUCCUUUACUCUUCAAACCAAUGAUAACAUUCUUCAAUAACAAGAAGCUCCUAACGAACACUCCUAACGCUAUAGUUAACGAGCCAAUUCAGUUGUCCGUUCAAAUUUUCAAUCAGCUACAAAUGGUUUUGAAAUUGAAAGAUGUCUAUUUGCUUUGGACCUUCAAAACUGGCGAUAAAGAAUUUUCAAAUGAGAAUACAUCUGAGAAUAAUAUCGAGAAAUACAUCAAGACACACGUUACAAAUUCAGUUAUUCUAGAGAUAAGUGCAAAAGCUGAUGUAAUAUUGAUGUUAACACCUUUACAUGUUGGUGACCUUACGGUUACCGGAAUCAGUUACACAUUGAGCACAGGUAACGGCUCUAGUGAAACUAUAUUCGUAAAGGGUAAACAACUUAUCAAUUUGAAAGGAAAAAUUGGUGAUGGUAGUAUAACAGAAAAACUUCUGAAUAUCCGGGUUGUUCCACCAGCACCUUGCCUGCAGGUAACCUUCUCGGAGAUAAGUACCGACUUCCUGUGUGAUGAAAUGCAAAAAGUCACUGUGAAUUUUCAAAACACUGGAAGCGUGCCCCUUCACAAAGUUUAUUUGGCAUCAACGAUGCCUCGUAUGGUCAGUAAUUGUGAAUUUCACAAAGCAGAUGACUUUGUGACGGAUUUUAGUGAUAUCGAAACUAUACAAGUCAGGGAAAAAUUGGCUAGGAAAAAUCAUAUCACUUUUGUACCUUUACCGGAUGGCGUUUUGAAAUCUGGGGAAACUACCAGUAUUGCUAUUUGGCUGAAAGCUCCAUCCUUGAAAGGACCGUAUUCUAUACAUCUGCUUAUCUAUUAUGAGAACAUAGAUAGUAAAAGUAUUCCUAGGUAUAGAUUGGUGAGACAAAGCUGGAAUUUGUCUGUACGAGAGUCCAUAAAAAUAAACAUAACUCCCAUGGAUAGUGGUAACUCUAAGUCAGUAGAAGAAAUAAGCAUAGGCAUAAAAGCAACAAAUCUAAAUAAAACGUAUGACUCAGUAUUGACUGAACUCACCCUGACAAAUGUCAGUUUAUUGAGUAGACACUGGAUGUUCAUAGGUAAUAUCGUAACCCCACAAAAUAUCGUAUUACAUUCACAAGAGGCGGCCCAUAUUCUUUUGAGGACAAGAAGAAGGAUCCUUGAGAGAAGCGAAUACUCUAGCAUUCCUCUUCGGCAUGAAACGAUGUCGAUAGCCAACCAAUUAGCUUAUUUGGCGUUCGCCAAAAAGACUGAACAGCGAACUAUAAAUAUUUUCGACGACUCUGAAUUCGAUAAUUUCAAGGAAAACAAAGACGGCAUUUUACUUAUUCAAUGGCAAGCUUUAACGAAGGAUGAAAAAAGUACACGUAACGCGAAUGGCCAGAGCUUUGUUCCGAUCAAAUUCGAUAGGAUAAAGAAGCAUCCGUUGGAAUUGGAGUUCCCACUGGUCGAACCUCCGAUAUCUCUGGAGGAUAACGAUAAGAAGGAGAAGCAACACCAGAUGGAUUUGUUGAAGACUCAGGUUACUUAUAACGUUAUAUGUCCACCAGUUGUCAAACAUGAUUUUCAACGUAGCAAUCUUUGUUUGGUACCUGUUGAGCUGUUGAUACAUAGUGUGAUAGAUCAAGAAAUCAUCCGGGUGAUGGUUAAAACCCGGAAUCCAGUGAGAUUGCCUACAUCAGAUGGUAAAACACCAAAUUUUUCUCCAACAACUAAUCACUUUAGGUGGCUUGGAUCUAGUAUAAUAAUUAGAGAUAUGAAACCCUUAUCGACAGAGGUACUACGGCUCUCUGUAGCUACUUAUGGUCCGGGAACCUUCGAUUUGGGGGCUAAUAUUGAAGUUUAUUGUAGCAAAUUGGACGAACUGAAAGAAACUACGUUACAAAAUUGCCGUAUACACUCUAUGUUAAUUGUUACCAGUGGCAAUAGUUAACAAAUUCGUUCAUUCAAAUGAAUGUUGAUAAACUGUAGUGUAAAAUAUUACUUUUAUAGAUUUUGUACCUACAUAUAUCAAAUAUAGUGAUAAAAUAAUAUAUUGUUAUUUAACAUGUUACAUAAUGCUGAGAUAUUGUAAAUCUUGUUUUUAAAUUGUGUCAAUUUAUGAAACAGUGUACUUGAGUAUAAAUUGAAACAGAUUUUUUGAUAAAAUGA